GUUGGACAGUUGUUUGUGUGUACUUCGUCUGUGACCUCACUUCGUUUACGUCGUUAAGUGCGUUUUGGUAUAUUUUUGUCGGGUUGUUGUUCCUUUAAUUUGUCGGAAAUAAUUGUUAUUAAUCUUGAAUAUUGUGCUUAAUUAAAAAUCCUGGUGGACCAGUAAUGGGGGACGCAGCGAUGAGCGUCGCAGCGUCCAACACUAGUCAAAGUGUUGUUCGUAUCGUCAAGGAAGGAUGGGUUCAGAAACGGGGUGAACAUAUCAAAAAUUGGAGACCUCGCUAUUUUGUCUUAAGAGACGAUGGCACCCUGGUUGGAUUUAAGGCAAAACCUGAUCGACAAAUGGCAGCGGCAGCUGAACCUCAAAAUAGCUUUACUGUUCGAGGUUGUCAAAUAAUGUCAAUGGACAAGCCUAAGCCUUACACAUUUGUAAUCAGAGGAUUGCAAUGGACGACAGUUAUUGAGAGGACGUUUCACGUUUACACAGAGCAAGACCGAGAAGACUGGGUAGCAGCAAUUAGAUACGUCGCUGACAGAAUAGAAAAUGUGGAACACGAACAACAGCAACAACAACAAAUACAAACACAAAUGCAACAGUCCUCGUCGUCAGAGGACGUUGACAUGGAACCGACUGGAAGUACACGUUCGAAUUCGUGUGGUUCACUUGGAGUUUUUCAAGCCGAUUUCGAUGUCGGCAGUAUCGAUGAAUUAUCCGCUAAAUUUAGUGUUCAAGGAACUUCCAAUAGUAAAACUUCUGGCAAAAAGAAAGUCACACUGGAGAAUUUCGAAUUUUUGAAAGUUCUCGGAAAGGGCACAUUUGGAAAAGUUAUUUUGUGUAGAGAAAAAGCAACAGGUCAUUUGUAUGCGAUAAAAAUUUUAAGGAAAGAAGUUAUUAUUCGAAAGGAUGAAGUAGCGCACACACUCACUGAAAAUAGAGUUUUACGAACCACGAAUCAUCCGUUUUUAAUUUCGUUAAAAUACAGUUUUCAAACGGCAGAUCGACUAUGUUUUGUGAUGGAAUAUGUGAAUGGAGGAGAACUCUUCUUUCAUUUAAGUCGUACUCGCAUUUUCGGUGAAGAACGAACCAGAUUUUAUGGAGCUGAAAUAAUAUCAGCUCUUGGCUAUCUUCACUCUCAGGGAAUCAUUUACAGAGAUCUUAAACUUGAGAAUUUACUUCUCGACAAAGAGGGACACAUUAAAAUUGCUGAUUUCGGUCUUUGCAAAGAGGACAUUACUUAUGGACGAACAACGAAGACAUUUUGUGGGACUCCAGAGUAUUUAGCUCCUGAAGUACUUGAAGAUAAUGAUUACGGUAGAGCUGUUGAUUGGUGGGGAGUUGGAGUUGUUAUGUACGAAAUGAUGUGUGGCAGACUUCCGUUUUACAAUACCGAUCAUGAGAAAUUAUUCACUCUUAUUUUAAUGGAGGAUGUUAAAUUUCCGAGAAACAUUUCGAACGAGGCAAAGGACAUGCUGAGUGGAUUACUGAUUAAGGAUCCAAACAGAAGACUCGGCGGAGGACCAAAUGACGCAAAGGAUAUAAUGGAUCAUGCAUUUUUCUCGUCGAUAGAUUGGUCGGAUUUGGUGCAAAAGAAAAUUCCGCCACCCUUUAAACCUCAGGUUGAUUCAGACACGGACACUCGUUAUUUCGAUAAAAUGUUUACCGGCGAAAGUGUCGAGUUGACGCCACCGGAUCAAAAUUGUCGAAGCAGUGGAAGUGGUUUAAAUUCCAUUGCCGAAGAACAAGAACAUUUCCCACAGUUCUCGUAUCAAGAGAGUCAUUCAGUUGCUGCUUCUUCCAUUGUGUCAAUCAAUCACUGACACAACAAUAAGCCGUUUGACUUAAGUUUCGUGGAAAGUGUCAGUAGAUGAAUAUAAUUUUUCGUUUAUAUAAAGUGGCGAUUUUUUUCGUCAAAGAAAAAGAAAAAACGGAAAGAAAAUAGUAACGAAAUUAAGCACUACUUUAUAAAACGAAAAUGUUUUAUAUUUCCGUACACAUUCUACAAAACAAAAUAAUUUCUAUGAUUUUAUGUUUCGAAACGAGAAUCGCCUUCAUGCUUUUCGGUGCUUUUUGCGCUACUUUACAAGUGUCUCUCCAAGUGGCAGUUCACUGUGUAAUAUAAAGAGUUUUUGGCUAUAAAAGCCUUUAACGAAAAGUACGUUCCAUUUCAUUUAAUUACUUUUUAUUAAUUUUCUUUUCUUUUCGUUCGAAUCCCUUCGAAUUUAUUAUUAAAGCAUUUUUUUUUCUAUUCUUAAAAAAAAGAAUUCAAGGUAAGAAUUAAGUGGAUUGUUUGUAUAUUUUUUUCUAAAAUUUAGAAAAGUCUUUCGAUUUCACGAAAGAUUCUAAAGAAAGUAGAUCUUUCUAUCUAGUUAAUUUUUUCUAUUAUCAAUACUUUAUUCUCUUGCUCAAAGGAUUCAUUAUUCAUUUUCACCUGUGUUAUAGAAAACCACCGUCGAAAGCAGCAGAAGUUCAUUAUUCUUUUUGUAAUAAAGUUUUAGAAAUACUACAAUUGUAAAAUAAAUAUAGAGUGAAAGACGAAUGACAGUGGUUGUUAACUGGAAUAGUCAAUGAAUAUUAUGCAAAAAUAUCGCCUUCUGUAAUUUUUAUAAAUUAUUUCUAUUGACUUCCUAGUUAUAACUGCGCGUCGCUAGUUUAAUAAAUAUACAGAA